ACAUUGCGUAGACGAUGCGCAGAUGUAGUAAUCAGUAAGUCAACUCGCCGAUUCUUUAUUCCGUUCGCUGACAUCACCAGCCCAUCCGCGUACUAUGAGCAUCGGUCAAACUGCGCAUCUGAAGGGAGGGCAAGCCCACAUCUGCGCAGUGACGUCACGCUUUCAGAGCGAAAUCCGGUGGAACUCGGAAGACAAUCAGCCUGCUGGCCGUGGAUUCCACGACAAAUUAUGAAAAUGAUCAUGCAGGUCUAGAACACCGUCGCCAUGGAGUCUGAGACCAACUCAUUCCGCGUGGAAUUCCCAGACUUCUCGUGUUCCAUCCUGCAGAAGCUGAACCAGCAGCGGCAGCUGGGCCAGCUGUGCGACAUCACCGUGGUGAUCCAGGGCCGGCACUACCGGGCGCACCGGGCCGUGCUGGCGGCCAGCUCGCCGUACUUCUGCGACCAGGUGCUGCUGAAGAACAGCAUGCGCGUGGUGCUGCCCGACGUCAUGCACCACUGCGUGUUCGAGGGCCUGCUCCAGUCCUGCUACACGGGGAGCCUGCAGCUGCCCGCGGGCGAGGUGGUGGGGUACCUGACGGCCGCCAGCUUCCUGCAGAUGUGGCACGUGGUGGACAAGUGCACCGAGCUGCUGGGCGGCCAGCGGUCCUGCUCCGGCAGCGACCGCGACCGCCUGUCCCCCGGCGACGGCAACGACGACGACAGCGCCAGCGAGGGCCUGGAGGCGGAGCCGCACGGGGAGUUCCUCCCCGACCCCAGGGACGGCGGGGGGGAGACGGACCGGCCCACGGAGAACGGCUCGCCCGCGACGUCGUCGGAGCAGGGGGGCGGGGAGGACGGCGAAGGGGGCGGGGCCGGGGCCGGGUUCCAGUACGCCCGGCCUGCUUACAUCCAGCCCAGCAUCAUGUCCCACCGCAGGUGGAUCCAGGUGAAGGCGGAGCGGCUGGAGCAGGAGGGCUGCCAGGGCUUCUCAGGGGCGGGGGACCCUGAGGGAGCUCACGAUCCAGACUCAGGGGACCUGAGCCAGGCCUCCCCCGCCUUCGGUGCUGACCUGGAGGAGAAACUGGGCGGCAGGCCGGAGGAGCCCCUGGACUUCUAUGGAGCCUCCAUGGAGGAGUUCGGGGGCGACCAGGCCGGGGGUCCCCUAGACGUUGACGCCCUCGAAGACGACCCGGAUGGAGACGGGGGCGGAGGAGCAGGAAGCGGGGUGGACGACGGGGCGGAUCCCGCGGCCGGCCUCCACGGGGAGGCCUCGCACCAGGGCCUGGGCUCGGUCUACAAGCUGUACCCGUGCCAGUGCGGGAAGAGCUUCACCCACAAGAGCCAGCGGGACCGGCACAUGAGCAUGCACCUGGGGCUGCGGCCCUACGGCUGCGCCGUCUGCGGCAAGCGCUUCAAGAUGAAGCACCACCUGGUCGGCCACGUCAAGAUCCACACGGGCAUCAAGCCCUACGAGUGCAGCGUCUGCAGCAAGAGGUUCAUGUGGCGGGACAGCUUCAACCGCCACGUGUCCUCGUGCACCCGAGCGCACCAGGCCCGACGUGCCUCCGGCGAGCAGCCCAACCAGAUCUAUUUUGUUAGUCGCAAAAGCAGUCUGAAGAGACUAACACGUACAUCACACAGUGGCAUAUUUUAUAUUUGUGUCCAUAAUAGUCUCCAGACCUAUGCACACGGGGGCUGUGUACCUCGGUGUACAGAUGCUGCAACUCCUCUAUGGGCUGCGCGCGGGACGAGAGGACGCCAGAGCAGGGGGGGCAGCAGGAUGGACGAGGCGGGCGGCCUGGUGGAGUUCGACGUGCCCGAGUUCAGCAGCGGCGUGCUGAGGCAGCUGAACGAGCUGCGGCUGCAGGGCAAGCUGUGCGACAUCGUGGUGCACAUCCAGGGCCGGCCCUUCCGCGCCCACAAGGCCGUGCUGGCGGCCAGCUCGCCCUACUUCCGCGACCACUCGGCGCUGGGCACCAUGAGCGGCCUCUCCAUCUCCGUCAUCAAGAGCCCCGAGGUGUUCGAGCGGCUGCUGGCCUUCUGCUACACGGGCCGCAUGUCGCUGCGGCUCCGCGACGUGGUCAGCUUCCUGACCGCCGCCAGCUUCCUGCAGAUGCAGGACGUCAUCGACCGCUGCACGCGCAUCCUGGAGGGCCUGCACUCCAAGAUCAGCCUGCCCCCCGGGGCCGGCCCGGGCAGGGCGGGGGCGGCGCACGGGGCGGGGCACAACGGCGUGGGGCAGGGGGGGGAGGAGGAGGAUGAGGAGGAGGAGGGCGACGUGUUGGGAGACCCGAGCCCCGCCCACUUCCCGCGCGAGGAGGUGGCGGGGAGGGGCCGGGGGCGGCGCCCGGCGGAGGAGGAGCGCCGCUCGGAUCGCGGGAGCAGCGACGGGGAGGCGGAGCUGGAGCAGGUGGAGCUGAUUGGCCGGGACGGGCAGGUGACGGACGUGCGGGUGAAGCUGGAGAGGGAAGGCGGCGACGGCGACGGCGGUGGCGACGUUGGCGGCUACCCCAUGGAGACGGCGGACGGGGAGCAAGUGCUGGCGGUGAGCGUGGGGUCCUCGGUCCUGCGGCCCGUCGUGUACCCCUACCCCCCGCCGGCCCCCGCCCACUCCCCCGCCGGCCACGCCCGCCACGGCAGGCCCAGCCCUUCCCGCUCCCUGCUGGGUGGUUACUACGGCAACCGAGGGAGACCCAAGCGGGCGUCGGCUCUGGCGGCGGGGGCGGGGGCGGGAGAGGGGACGGGCGUCGCCCAGAAGGAGGGGCUGGAGAACGACGUGCGGGUGCGCAGCCUGCGGGCCCAGUGGGGGUCGCCCGGCGACCCUUACGGUCCCCACGGCGACCGGCUGGUCUGCGUUUACUGCGGCAAGUCCUUCAACCAGAAGGGCAGCCUGGACCGGCACAUGCGGCUGCACAUGGGCAUCACGCCCUUCGCCUGCAUCUACUGCGGCAAGCGCUACACGCGCAAGGACCAGCUGGAGUACCACAUCCGCGGCCACACGGACAACAAGCCCUUCAGCUGCCACCUCUGCGGCAAGAGCUUCCCCUUCCAGGGCACGCUCAACCAGCACCUGCGCAAGAAGCACCUGACCGCCGCCCCCAGCGACUCCCCCGAGGCCCCGGUCCACGAGCCCGACGACGCCCCGCCCCCCAAGCCCCGCCCCCACCUGCCCUACGAGCCGCCGCCCCCGACCGGCAGCAAUAACGGCAAGGGGAGUCCCAACGCCAGCCCCUAGGGGGCGCCAAAUCUUCACCUCCUCCCCCCCAAUGUUCUCAAGGGUUACUUUAUAUUGGGUUCUUGUUUCUUUGUUCUCAUGUCUGAAGCUUUAAGGUUGUGUGUGUGUGUUUGUGUAUACAAACACAAUCAUUAAUAGUUACAAUUUUAUUUCAUUUGUCUCUUUGGAUUUGUAUUACUUUAUUUUAUUUUUUUAUUUGACCUGGUGUUAGGAUUUUCAUACCUCUUGUCCGUGUUGCAAAGGUCAAAGGUCACGAGGGGGGGGGGGAGAAAUUACCAACAAUCUUUUUAAAAAGGAAAUCACGUACUCUGAAGAAAUUUGAGUAAAAAGGGAAGGUGCAAGUGAAAUUUUUAGGGUCUAGAGUUUAGGAUGAGGGGGCCUAGUAAUCAGGGCAGCCUUCCCGAACCCUUUAUAAAUAUGUGUAUAUAUUUUAUAUAUGAGAAACUUCUUUGCGUAUGUAGAACGUGAUCAAGGCAAGUUGCAAUAAGAAAACUCUCAGAUCUCUGCCGUAUCUUAACACAGGCUCCUUCACACACACGCCUGUGCUUCAGGAGGAGAAAACACACUUUUCAGCCAUGAAAAGCUAUCUUUAUCAGGUAAUACCUCAUGCCACACAAAAAACACAGAACAGUGUUCACUCUACUGGUUCUACCUCAUAUUACAAUAACUUGACAGGAAAGAAAUCUAUGUAUCAACCACAGUUCUUAAGACCUUGUUUUUUUUUUUACAGGGAAUUUGCAUUUUCAUCGUCGGGCUUUGAGCAAACCGUUUGUGAAACUGCUCUGAAUAGAUAAAGAAACAGGCUUCAUGAAUCGGAGGCGGGUGGGUGGGUGCGGGGGGGGGGGGUGUUAGUGCUUGCUUGUUUAGGCAGGAUUUGCUGUUAGCUGCUGGGGGCUGCAGUGAGCUAGCUGGCUAACUUCAGGGGUGAAGAAGGGUGUUGUGGGGUAGGGCACGUAUGCCUCAGACACACAGGCCUUAGAGGAUGAGUUUCUGCUCCAGUCCAUCGUUUAAAACCGCAGUAUUGUGUUUCUGUCACCAGUGAGCCUUUUACAGGAAGGAAUGAGUAUGAUUUUUAUUGUUGAUGUGGGUUGGGUUUUAAAAAAAAAACAUUUUUCCUUUUUAAAAUUUUUUUAAAGUGGUGAAAGCUUGUGCUGUCCAGAUUUGGGGAUUGAACGUUGAUUUGAAAACUCAUUUUGGAUGAGCAGGUUCAUUUUUGAUCUGGAUGUAUAAAUAAGCUUAAAGCUUAAAAUAUGCAAAUCCCCCCCCACCCCCGAUGGUGUGCUGCUUCUCCGUCCGUAGCGCUUUCAGUUCGGGCCCCUCCCCCCGUGCUUCAGCACACACCACGCGCUCUGUCUGUCUUCUGCUCAACCCCCCCUCCACCAAUGCCCAUCCACAUCCUGGGGGCGGACCUGGGGACCGGAUCUGUCGUUUCAGUUAAAGUCAGUUUCGUUUUGGAUGGUUGAAGUGGGACAGGAAGCUUCUAGAUUAAGAAUAAGCGAGAAGGCUCCGGAACACCUCUGCUCUGUUGAAGAGUGGAUUUCUCAGACCUCAGACCUUUAGAAAGACCUGCAAUACCUCUGGAACGUGUUCAUCCUCAGUGUGCUUCUUUCCCUUAUUUUUAGGCAAAAUGAGAAAAAUGCAUAUUUUACACAUUUUCAGUUUGGUUCUCAGGAAGGAUUGAGAAUAGACUGGGUGGGGCGGGGUGCUGUGAUGUCAGAGCCGGGGGUCCACAGACCUGGAUAUCGCAUUUUCGUGGGAAUUUCAACCGGUCGAUGCGCGCCUGCUCAUCAGAGGGACCCAAGUUAUGGCAAACCUUUCGUCACGUUGCGGAGGAGAGUUUAGUGUGCGGGGGAAUUACCGCUAUGCUGCGGCAUGUCUAGACUGGGACCUGCAGAAUCGCACACAGUGGGGUUUUCAGAGGACAGAGUAAACCCUGCUGUGCCUCCCCCCCCCCCCCCCAUGUACAUGUACAUUAUGUUCUGUUACGAGCCACUGCAGUGUGUUUUUUAGAACAACCUGCCCAGCCUAGAGGCCUGGAAGUGGGGGUAAAUAGACCUCCUGUGGACAUGAAGAACGCCCAGGGUGUUAAUAUUUUACACUGCAGGAUGUAGAGCAGUCGCUGGCACAGCGAGACUCGAGAGGUGCACCGCUUCCGAAUUUGGAGAAAAGAAAAAGGUGUGCUGCAGAUGUAUUUAAUACAGUCUCAGCUGGUCAGUCAGGGCUGCUUAAUGUUCUUUUUUUAAACAGGUGCUUCUUUUAGCACAAGCCUUCUCCCUAACACCACAGGCCAUAGUCAUUUUUUCCCCUUCAAAAAGAAAAUAAAUAAACAAAAACUCCCAGCUCUUUGAUUAUGGGAUUAUUUGGGCUGCUAUGACCAGGGUCGUUGCUCGUGGGGUGAAAGGUGGUGACUGUUCUAGGGGCCCACAGCUGGAGAGGGCCCACAAAAAUUCCAGUAGCUUGGGGCCCACAGCAUUAUUCCUUCUCGGGUCCCAGUAUUCCUAGAUACGCGCCCCUGACUAUUGCAUUAACGUUCACUGUUUGGCAGCCGUUUUGCUGAUACUUUUAACGUUCAGUUUGGGUUUUUAAAUAUUGUUAUUCCCUGUUCAUCAGGAAGUCAUGAUAAAUGUUUGGUGUACAGCCAAAACAAAUCUUACAGUACAUUUUGACCUGUCUUAAUGGUUUUAGUGUAUUUGUUCUGUAGAAAAUGUUUCUACGGAGUUACUUAUGUCCAGUGCUUUAUCGCAGCAUGCGCUUUGAAUAAUUAGAAUUACUUUAUAAUCAUUGUGUGCAGCACAUGCUCCUAUUUUACGUUGACGUUACGUUUCCACGAACUGUUCUGUGCCUAUCUGGUAUCCAGAAACACUUUACUGUGUAUGCAGCUCAACAGGCAAACUCGCGGGCACCCAGUCGACCAGCAGGGGUCAGCGGUGUGCAAUGAGACUCAGCCAUCCUGACCAAUAGAAACCCUCCCCUCCCUGGGCAGUGCUAGAGCCAAUUUUGUGUCUGUAGAACAGUGCUUUAGCAGGAUGAUCCACCCAGUGCCCCAAUGGGAGAGAGCCUUGUCAGCUUGUGAGCCAAGCAGCCUUUCUUCCCCAAAAACAAACAAAAAAAACCAUCAUAAAUUGAUCAUAUAUUUUAUCUGCUGUAAAUCCUACACUGAUAUAUAACAGUUUACUUAUUCAUUUAUAUGUGAACCCCGAUUCGGUGCAGAAUCCCUGCUGCUGCGUCUCGAGGCCUGGUGUUGAAUGGACAUGGCACAGUCGGGUAGUUCCAUGCGUGCUGCAAACCUGCUUUUUUUGCCCCUUUAUAGACUUCUUUUCCACACUUUCACUCCAAGGACGUGUUCAGCUCAGUCAGGACAUUACAUGUUAUACAAACAAUGUGAAUUUUUUUUCUUUUUUUUUUGUUGUCUGCUAUGAUUGCUUUGGAAUCUGUUCGUAUAUGAUUGUCCCUGCUGGCAUUUAGAGGCCGAACUGAUAGUCCCUGUUACCGUGAUGGAAACUGCCUUGCCUGUUAGCCGCAGUUUAGCGUUAGCGGCUA